AUUAUUGUGAUUGCGUCUGUGUCUGUCAUAAUCUGUUCUGCGGUCUGUGGUAUACAAAAUAAGAUUUUUUGACAGAACAAAGAAAAUAUCUCAAUUAUUUCAGAAAAAAAUAAAUGGUUGAAGAACGAUGCAGAACACCCUCAAUUAUCAUAAAGAUAUAUUUAACGGACAAAAUUACAUAACAUAAUCUGAUAACAAUAGAAUGGAAAAAAUAUACUACCCACCAUAAAAGCAACCAUCCUCCAUUAAUACCUGCUUAACACAGGAUAAGAUAAAAUUAUAAACUUGACUAAAUAUUAUAAGUGAGUGAAAGAUGCUCAGAUCAACAGGCUACGAGGACCUUUACAGUCGCAAUAUUGACGGGGAUGAAAGUCCUAUUGACGGGGAUGAAAGUCCUCUUGUAACUGAGGAAACAUCCCUUCUUACAUCAAUAUCAUAUCACACAGGACAUGAAGUUCGAAGCAACAAAUUCACAUAUUUUAUGGUAGGAUUGAUGUCACUUGUAUUUGUUUCUGGAAUUGCAAUAGGUAUUUACCUAUUAGUAUUACAGAAUAAUGAAGAAAAUAUUCUCCCACCGGUAAAUAAAUGGCCAAUUCACCAAGUUAAUAAAUCUGACUGGGAUCCAACACAUGUAGAUCUUCCUUCAACACAACCAUUCCAAGCGAACACUGUUGUUAUAGAGCAGACUGAUACGAGAGAAUGUCGUGAUUUGGAAUCCUGUCUUGUGCUGCUGAAGGAAAUAAAGGCAUCAUUUAGUGUAAACGAUUCCCUGCCAUACAACUUCCUUUUGUCAAGCGAUGGUACUGCAUAUGAGGCACUAGGCUGGUCUGGACCACCGCCCUUGUUACCUGAAUCUCUAGUCCUAUCAUUUAUAGGUAAUUUUACGGAUGUUCCACCAGUCGAUGAGCAAAUGGAACUGGCCAAAAGCCUGAUAUCAGUUUCGAUAAGCAAAGAUCUCUUGAAUAAAAAUUAUACUGUUAUAGGAAAACGGACGAAAGAAGAUCCGAAAUUUCUCUUUGAGAAAAUAAAAGACAUUGAACAUUUGUUUACCAUUGAAUAAAAUGUUUCACGUAACUUUCUUGCUGAUUGGCGUUUUUUGACGAAGUUUUGUUAUACAUAUUAAUUAUGAACGAAAGCACUUGGCGCUUAUAUCAUUGUCUUUAACUUUAUGUAUUUUUUUUCCUUUUCGAACUAGUCUGUUUGUAAAUUCCGUGGAAUCCAGACGUUUCUAUUUCCGGUUCAAUUACUUUAGAAAUUCAGUUGUCACAAACCUGUUUUCCUGCGUGUUUGUUUAUCAAAUGAAACAAAAAAUUAUUCUAAAUGUGAAAAUUUAUUUCACCUAAAUUAUACAAGAAUAAAUAUUUAUAAUUUAAAUAUUGAAAAUCGAAAUGAUGCACGCUUUAAAAUAUAUUUAAAAUCAUUUAUUUUGCUAUGUAAGGAAAAAAUAAUCAUCAAGUGAUUAUAGGAAGCUUUAUCUAUCAAUUAUCAUCAUAGUCGUCGCCGUCAUCGUCAUCCUUAUCAUCAUCAUCAUAAUCGCGUCAUCAUUAACACUAAAGUCAGAUUGACAUUGUUUAUGUUCUUCUUUUAUGGCGUGCGCGAUGCAGUCUUGUCAUUGUGCUGGUCCAACAUCUUUUAUACCUUCCAGCAGAAGUUCUUUCACUUAUGCCAUCUUGCAGUUUUAUUGUUUCUCGUCCCCUGAGCCCGAACCAAUUUGAUUGAGUUGAGCUCGUUGUGGUAAGGGGGUAAACGAACAACAUAAAUACUGUGUUGUGCUGUCAAAUUGUCUAUGAUGGAUUUACUAUAUUAUGACGAUGAUUUAAUAUCGUAUUAUAGUUUUAAAUAUAGGUGGGACAAAAGUAGCCCAGCGGCGGUUUUAGGUAAAUCGUUUUAUAUUUUAUUUUCAUUCGCGUAAUUUCCGUUCCCGUACAAUAAAGGGAUCAAUUACAGCCUAUAGCUCUCGGAGGUAGUGUAGCUUUUAAACAGUGAUAGAAUUUUUCAAAUAGGUUCAGUAAUAUCGGAGCCUAUUCCAUGCAAACAAACAAAUAUUUUCUAGUUUUUUUCCUACGACAUUUCUAUCGAAUUUGAUAUUUUGUUAAUUGUAUUACUUGAAAUUGAGAUUUAUAAUUUAAUUGAAACUUAAAAGCCUGUAUAAAUUUUAUUUUUAGAAUUGAAAGUAUAAGUUGAAUUUGUCAAAUAUGUUAUGGGAUUUGUUUAACAUUUUGGAAACACCGGAAAUUGAAUAAGAAACCCACGAAUCAGAAAGAGAAAAUCAGAAUUCCACGGAAUUAUUAAACGGACCUAUGUAGUAUAUCUAUAAUAAAUUAAAAUACUUCAGAAUAAUGUUUUCUUCAAACUACUCGUGUCGCGGUACUUGGCGGUUACAUUUAUAUUUUUACUAGACUUCAUUACCUUUAUAUUUUUUUCCUUUUUUGAUAAAGUUAUAUUAUAAGUGUUAAUUAAUUUAGGCAUAAAAAAUAUAACAAAGUAUUGUUAUUGGCAAAGCGGAUAUCUAGAAAGUCUUGAGACUCUUUUUAAAUAAUAUAGUGUUAAUAGAAUAAAAUGUUUAGUUAUGUUUUUUUGUUAUACAUACAUGAUAUAUGUGAGAAUAGAAAUAAUCGUUAUGUAAGGGUAAAGAUAAGUUCUCCUUUGCAUAUUAUUAGAUAGUCGUUAAUUUUGUUUACCUAUUAUUACAUGGCUUAUGACUUUGUAGGUGUCAUAUUAUAUAAUUAUAUACAUAUUUCAUGACGUUUAAAAAUCGUGACAAUUAGUCCAUAAUUGACCCCAUUUGCAUGUUAGAUAUACCACAUUUUGUAAAGGUAGAAAAUGUAAAAAAAAAACUUAUUGUCAUGAAGCUAAGAAUCACAUACGAGACUGGAGACAUGAUUUCUCAUUUGUAGAAAAUACUAAAUAAUAUAUUUUAUACUUGGACAAUUGAGGGUGUGAUCUCUUGAAACCCGAUACCUUCCAAAGCCGGCACGGUCCAGACCCUGAAAUUCCAGUUGUCACAAACCUUUUUUUCUGCGUAUUUAUUUUAUCAAACUAAACUAAAAAUCAUUCUUAAUAUGAAAAUUCCGACGAUAAUGGUUUCCAACGGUACUUACGUUUGGUUGGAGCAUUAGUCGACACAUUACCAGUUUUCAUGUCUGUCUAUCGUAAUAAAAAGAUGACUCGAAAAGCACUUCUGCAUUUACUUUGAUAUCUUUUUAAUUAGGUAAUAAUAAUUAUUUUUUAAAGUAGGUAACAUUAGAUAAUCUCCUAUUUUGUGAUACUACGAAGUAACAUUAAAAUUGUUUAAUUAGGUGGUGGGUACGUCUAUAAUCAAUAAAAAUAUAAUUUAGA